AUGGUCUCCCAUCCUCCCUCUUCGUCGGACCGGCAAGCGAAUGGUAGACCAGGGGCUGGCAAUGGGCAUGGCAAGAGUGAGAGGACACCAGGCACACCGAGAAAAGAUGGCGGGGCGGGGAAAGACAAGGCGGUUCAGGACCCAGGGCUGAAAGACUAUCGCUUGGGAGAAUGCUUAGGCAAGGGAGCUUUUGGAUCCGUCUACAAGGCAUUCAAUUGGGGAACUGGAGAAGCUGUGGCAGUCAAGCAGAUCAAGCUCGGGGACCUGCCAAAGAGCGAAUUGCGGAUGAUCGAGGCCGAAAUCGACCUCCUAAAGAACCUACAUCAUGACAAUAUCGUCAAGUAUUUAGGUUUCGUUAAGUCGUCUGACUGCCUGAACAUUAUAUUAGAGUACUGCGAAAAUGGAUCGUUGCAUUCGAUAUGCAAAAGUUACGGCAAGUUUCCCGAGAAUCUCGUUGGGGUCUACAUGGGACAGAUACUCCUAGGACUUCAAUACCUUCACGACCAGGGUGUUAUACAUCGAGAUAUUAAAGGAGCCAAUAUACUCACAACGAAAGAUGGAAAGGUCAAGCUUGCAGAUUUCGGAGUUUCUACAAGUACUCUUGCUGGAGCAGACAAGGAAGCACAAGUUGUCGGAACUCCCUAUUGGAUGGCCCCGGAGAUUAUCCAAUUGUCUGGCGCAACACCUGCUUCUGAUAUUUGGAGCUUGGGCUGCACAGUCAUUGAGCUAUUGGAAGGCAAGCCUCCAUAUCACAAGUUGGCACCUAUGCCAGCCCUUUUCGCUAUUGUCAACGAUGAUCACCCGCCAUUGCCCGAAGGAGUCUCACCGGCCGCUCGAGAUUUCCUUAUGCAAUGUUUUCAGAAAGAUCCCAAUUUGAGAGUGUCAGCAAGGAAACUCCUCAAGCAUGCCUGGAUCGUAGGUUCUCGAAGAACUGACGCACCCGUUGCGAAACCGCCCGCCAACUUUAGCGAAGCCGUCGAAGAGGUCAAGCAAUGGAAUGAAGCCUUGAAAUCCCCAACAGGUGCGGGCUCAUUUCGUGCAUCAACGAGGUCAACCGUUGCAAGCCCUUUACCCACAAGAAGAGACCCUCCUUUACGCAAUAUCCAUAACGAUCAACAAGUUGCUGGGUUAAUUACUCCUGCAAAAGGCCCACUUUCAUUAGCUAAGCCAAAAACUCAAGCGGAGGCAUUUCGGUCACCAGAAACCACCGCUGAUGACAACUGGGAUGAUGACUUCGCUACUUCAAUAUCGCCAAGUGCGCUGCAUCUACCUCAAUUCAAGCCGCACGAUAAUUUUGGCGGCAUGUUUUCUUCUGACCGCCUCAAGGCCUUUGCGUCAUUUGACAUGACCAAUGAUGAAAAUGAUAACUGGGACAAUAAUUUUGAGGGUGAUCUUGUUACAAUCAAGGGCCCUCGAAAGGUGGUAGAGCCGGACAGCCACGAGCUUGAAACAAUUCGGCCAUACCGACUGAAGCCAACUGUGGUCACCCAGGAUGUCAAACCUGCAGUGGAAUUGAAGCCUCCGUCGAGAAAAACAUCUAGGAGCGAUCCACCUCGACCUAGAUCCCCAGUGAAAGCUCAAGCAGAACAUAAGUUUGCUCUCCCGGCCAGACCGGCAGCGAUAUACAGGGAACAGUCCGUUGAAGACUACUCAGACCUGUUUGUUGAUAAUGAUAGCGUUUUUGAUCGGAGACUUAGUAUCAUCAAGGACGAUGCUCUAUCUCCAAAGCUUUUCCACCCGUCAGAUCUGACAAGCCUUCCCCGUUCUGCCCAAUCGCUAGUAACGAACAUCAAUGGAAGCAUACGAAGAAAAGCAGCUCCUCGAGCUGAAGACCAAGCGAUGAGGCGGACAAGGUCUUCUGUCGAAAUUCAGCGAUAUGCAGAAGACGAAGACGAUGAAGAUUUCUCGGACAUAUUUGGCAAGGAAGGUGCCAUUGUGGAGAAAGACGACAGUGAUAAAGGCUCUGAAGACGGUGUUGGAGCCCUGAUGCUGCAUUCGAAGCUAUCCAAUAAUUCCUGGCUUGGUGACGAGGACGACGAAGACGACCCAUUUGCAUCUCUAGAGCAAGGGUUCGACGAGAUGGAUUUGCAAGCGAACAUCGCUAGAGAUAAGCAUGCACGACUUUGCACGCUAGUGGAAGGCUUAGUGAGCUCCUUGAAGGUCACUGAAGAGCAUGAUACUAUUGCAGACGUAUCUGAGCAAUUGCUCGAUGUUUUGUACGAAUCAGACGAUGCAAAGGCUAUGAUCAUCAGUGCCCAUGGAAUGCUUCCUAUUCUGGAGAUUCUUGAACCUUGUACUGUAAAGAGCCGCCAAAGUAUGAUAUUGCGACUGCUCAAGGUGGUCAAUACAAUCAUCCUCAACGACGUUGAGAUACAAGAAAAUCUCUGCUUCGUCGGUGGCAUUCCUAUCAUCACAAAAUUCGCAGCAAGACAAUACUCGAACGAGAUCAGAUUAGAAGCUGCUGCAUUUGUACGGCAAAUGUACCAAACAUCGACUCUGACACUCCAAAUGUUCGUCAGUGCCGGUGGUCUAAAUGUCCUUGUUGAAUUCUUGGAUGAGGACUACGAUGAAGCACGGGACCUAGUGCUAAUUGGUGUGAACGGUAUUUGGAACGUCUUCGAAUUACAGGGCCCAACUCCCAAAAACGACUUUUGUCGUAUUUUCUCGAGAAGCAAGAUUCUAUCACCCUUAGCCCUUGUCCUUGAUCGCGUUCUCGAUGAGGAUGAUGAGCUUUCCGAACUUGUCGAGGGUCGUAUCGUGAACAUUUUCUAUCUCUUCUCACAGGCGGAGAAUUACGUCAAGGAAGUCGUGGCAGAUCGUGUCGUCCUGAAGCGCGUGUUGAAAGACCUCCGAAGGAUGACCCCUGUUCAUCAGAUUACUAUGCUCAAGUUCAUCAAGAACUUGUCCAUGUUGUCCACCACACUUGAUAGUUUACAUUCAGCAAAUGCUAUUGAGCUAUUGAUUGAUCUUCUAGGCUCGAGCAUGAAGAAGGACACAGCACAUUUCCGCGAGAUCUCAAAUCAGGUCUUGAACACAAUGUACAACCUAUGCCGACUGAGCAAGGUGCGGCAGGAGGAUGCGGCUAUCAACAACAUUAUCCCGUUACUGCUCAAGAUCAUGAAGACCAAGAGACCGCCAAAAGAAUUCGCACUGCCAAUCUUGUGCGAUAUGGCGCAUUCAGGCAAGGUGGGGAGAAAAUAUCUGUGGCAGAACAAAGGGCUACAAUUUUACGUCUCCCUUCUGGAGGAUCAAUACUGGCAGGUCACGGCUUUAGAUGCGAUAUUCAUCUGGCUGCAAGAAGAGACCGCCAAAGUAGAAAAGUGUCUGCUCGAAGGAAACUUCACAGAAGCCAUCGUCCAGUGCUUCAAUGCACCAAGAGCGAGUGCAUUCGACUACAACCUCCUUGAGCCUUUGCAAAAGCUCCUGCGACUUAGCUCACCGGUAGCUGCUUCGCUUGCACGAACCGAUAUGUUCUCUGGCAUCCUUCAGAAGCUCAACCACAAGAAGGCAGUUGUACGAUUAAAUUUACUGCGUAUCGUUCGCAGCAUAUGUGAUCCGAGCGAUGAACAAGCCGAAAAUGUUCAAAGUCAUGGUCUAUUUGAAGCCAUCCAACGAUUGGCUGAAAAUGACAAUGCUGUCUUGGUGAGAAACAUGGCAAGCGAACUGGUGAAGGCAAACUUGGACAAGGACUCCGAGAGUGGAAGUGGAGGACGACCACGGCCUGGCCAAAUGAAGAGGACGUUCACACCCCCAUCGCUUUACCACAGCCAAUCAACACCAAUCACACCAACACAUGCAAGCCGUGCAUCGCAGUCGUCUUUCAUCGAAGGCAAUGUUACUCCACGCCGCAUAGCUGCACCCUCCGGCAGUAACGAGUCGAUACUUUACCGGCCCGCAAGCAGAGAUGGGCCAAAGAUGACUCGUCGAACUAGCGCCGAGAUCGCAAGCGUCGCUUCAAUGACUAAGAGCAGAUUACCUCGAACAUCUAUGCUUCGAGGAUCAAGAUCCUCGCUCGCAACUGUGUCUGUUGGAGGCGACUCUGGAUCAGCACUGACAACUGGUAGAAGAGAGAACGCCGCACGCCUUACAAGGGACCAGUCACGUUCUGGAGCGUCGCCAGCACCGGUAGGGACAGCACCACCACUGCAAUCAAAACGUAGAACACGACAACCAAGCGGAGAUAUCAAAUGGUCAUGA